UAUGAUCUCCUGCAGCUUCCCCUCUUCGUCCUGGCCGUGGUGGUGGCCUGCUGCCACGCUCUUCCCGUGGAGCCCGAACGCGAGCCCGUGGCCAUCCUGAAGUCCGAGAUCAACAAGCAUGAGGAUGGCAGCUAUGACGCCGCCUACGAGUCAGCAGAUGGAACCUCGCGCAGCGAGGGGGCUGUGGUGGUGGACAAGGGCACCGACGACGAGGCUCUGGAGGUCAAGGGAUCCUACAAGUACAUCAACGAAGAUGGCCAGGAGGUGGAGGUGUUCUACACGGCGGGAAAGAACGGCUUCGUGCCCUACGGCAGCAUCAUCAACCCGGAAAUCACAGCCGUCGCUGAGGCAGCCAAGGAUCUGCCCAAGGAGGUGAAGGCGGAGAAGCCCUAAAGAGUGCUUCCUGAACAAGAUCUCGUAGAAGUUAGUAAG